AUGGCCUCCAAGGUGAGUCGUCCCUUCUUCUUGAGGGAGUACAAGCUGGUCGUCGUCGGCGGCGGUGGUGUCGGUAAAUCCUGCUUGACCAUUCAAUUGAUCCAGAGCCAUUUCGUCGACGAAUAUGACCCGACAAUCGAAGAUUCCUACCGCAAGCAGUGCGUCAUCGACGAGGAGGUCGCCCUGCUCGAUGUUCUCGACACCGCCGGACAGGAGGAGUACUCUGCCAUGCGAGAGCAGUACAUGAGAACGGGCGAGGGUUUCCUGCUGGUUUACUCCAUCACGUCGCGACAGAGCUUCGAGGAAAUCACCACAUUCCAGCAACAGAUUCUGAGAGUGAAGGACAAGGACUACUUCCCCAUGGUCGUCGUCGGCAACAAGUGCGAUCUGGAGGGCGAGAGAGAAGUCACACGACAAGAGGGAGAGGCUCUCGCCAAGUCGUUCGGCUGCAAAUUCAUCGAGACAUCCGCCAAGUCCCGCAUCAACGUCGACAAGGCCUUCUACGACAUUGUUCGCGAGAUCCGCAGAUACAACCGCGAGAUGCAGGGCUACUCAACCGGCAGCGGCGGCGCCUCCGGCAUCAACGGCCCACCGAAGCCCAUGGACGUCGAGGGCGGCGAGCAAGAAGCAGGAUGCUGCUCCAAGUGCGUAAUAAUGUGA